AUGAAUUCUACUUUUUAUGAUUCAAUUUAUAAUUUAACUAAUGAUACUAAGGAUGACAUCAUAAAUUCUGCCAGAAAACUAAUAGACAUUGACUUCUCUGGUUGUAUUUUUGGAUUCUUAAUUGCUUCUAUUUAUCGAACAAAUUUAAUACCAGAAUAUGCAAAUAUUAUUAAAGAACUGAUAACAUCAGAAGAACAAAAACAACAAUUAAUUAGAUAUUUUAUCGAAUUCAUUACGAAAAGAUCAAUACAGCCACUCAAAAAUUCUAUUUUAGCUUUAUUAUACACUUUAUAUACAUUAUCAGUUGUUAAAAUUGACGAAAUUGAACGCUUAGCCGAAAAUUACUCAUCAGAUCCUCAAAUUCAAGAUAGAUUAUUAGUAGAUCUUUUUAUUUGGUUUGCUCCAGAAGUUAGUCAAGAAUAUUCAAUGCAAAUCUACGACAUCAGUGGAAAUGAAGAUAAAUUGCAGGGAAUGUUUCCAACAAUUCAAAACUUUUUCUUUAAUCUUGAAAGUUUAUGUGCGAACGAAUGCAAAUUAUUACGAAAACUCAGGCAUGAUGAUAAAGAGCUUAAGACAAUUGAUGCUAUUCUUCGUCGCGAUAAUGUUCAAUUACUUGAAAAAGUUUAUUCUUUAGGAAACUUUGAUCCAAAUCAAACAAUACAAAUGUCCGUUUACGAAAGACAAUUUCUAACCAAUAAUGAAUGUCCAAUUGUCAGUUACUGUGCUUUUUACGGAUCAAAUAAUUGUUUGAAAUCAUUAAUCGAAAAAGGAGCUGAUCUCAAUCAAGUCGAUUCCAAUAAAGUCACUUUAGCUCAAUUUGCCGCUGCAGGAAACAACAAAGAAGCCUUAGAUUUCCUCAAAGGAAAAACAUCAUUCGACGGAGCUGCCGAAUUUGCCAUGAAAUACCAUCAUCUCGAUCUUUGUAUCUCAUUACUUGACACUGGUAUCAACCAUGGCCUUCUCCAUCGUGCUGCUUCCAGCGGAUUUCUCGCAGGUAUCGAAUAUUCACUGAAAAACGAAGAUCCUAAUGCACAAAAUGCAAAUGGCCGUACUCCUUUGAUGAUCGCUUGCAUGUACUCCCCACCUGCUGCAAACAUUCUCAUUGAAAGAACAGAUGUAAACAUUUCUGACAAAGAAGGAAUGACAGCUCUAAUGUUCGCUUCACAAAACGGUUUUUCUGAAAUUGUUUCCUCACUCUUGAAGCGGAAAGACAUUGAUGUCAACAUGCGCCAUCGCUUUGGAAUGACAGCACUUUUUUGGGCAUCACAAAAGAACUACUUAGAAGUCAUCAAAGUCCUCUUAAACGACGAAAGAGUUGAUAUAAAAAUAAAAGACGAUGAAAACUGGAAUUGUUUACAUCACGCUGUACAAACUAAUGGUUUAGAAGCAUGUUCUUUCUUAAUAUCCAAAGGCGCUGAUAUCAGAUGCAAGCAGAAUGAAGGAUUAACACCUCUUCAUUUCGCUGCUUCUCGCGGUUUCUCGGAACUUGUCAAACUUUUGAUACAAAAAGGAGCAAAUCCGAAUGAAGGAGACAAUGCUGGAAUGACUCCUUUGCUUUGGGCAGCUCAGAAUCAGAAGAUAGAAGCAAUAGAAGCUCUUCUUCAAUUCGAACAAACUGAUCCUUCUUUGUGUGAUGAUGAAAACUCAAAUGUCCUUCAUUGGGCUGCUCAGUCGGAUCUUUGUGAUGUUGUUCAUUUGGUUGCAUCAAAAGUCGAUGUAAACAAAAGUGACAACAACAAUAUGACACCUUUAUUGAUUGCUGCUGCUUUCAGAGCGUAUUCAUUCAUAUGCAAACUGAUUGAAUUACCACAAACCAAUGUAAAUGUACAAGAUCCAAGCGGAAUGACUGCUCUUCACUUCGCUGCUCGUAAUGAUGACGAAUUCACAAUUCAAGCUAUUGUUAAUUCUGGAAGAGCUGAUGUCAACAUGAAGAACAAGAGUGGAUUGACUCCACUGCACAUCGCUGCAUCAAAUGGAAACGAAGCUGCUGUGAUGGCUUUGAUUUCUGCUCCUGGAAUUGAUAAAGAGGCAAAAGAUGAUGACGGAGAGACACCAAAGAUGAUUGCAAAGAGUUUCGGUUUCACUAAUAUCUAUGAAUUACUUCAAUAA